UAGGCGUCAACUCUCUCUCUCUCUCUCUCUCUCUCUCCAUAUACGUUUUCCCAUCUCUGCUUUCGGAGUUUGAGCUGAAUCUCUCUCUCGGCACACCACGACGACUCAGUGAGUUGCCCCCCUGUCGACUCGAGCGGGUGUUGCCGGUUCUUCUUCGGCUUCCAGAGAGUCGAUUUUUGCCUCAAUAGCUCUCGUCGCCGAGGUCUCUUAACCUCUUGGGUAAUUGCUCAGAAAUGAGUAGGUGUAGGCUUACCCUGGUUAUGCUGAGCUCAUAAGGUAAUCAGUAGAUGACACAGAUUUUGAGUGCUUUACAUUGGAGAAGACUGAGAAAUUGCUAAUAUGGAUCCAUCACAGAAUACCUUGCCAAGCAUGGGUGUGAGUGGUGGGAAUGGGGUGAUAAAUCCCCAAAAUGAUGUUACUUCAGCUUCACAAGAUGAUCCGAAGCAGGACCUCAAUCAGGUCAUCAAUUCUAUCCAGAAAACUCUGGGCCUCCUCCAUCAACUCUACCUCAAUGUCUCGUCCUUCAAUACUGGCCUUCAACUCCCUCUCCUCCAGCGCAUUAAUUCUCUUGUCUUGGAGCUUGACAACAUGGUUAAAUUAUCAGAAAAGUGCAACAUUCAGGUUCCAGUGGAGGUCCUCAACUUGAUUGAUGAUGGCAAGAAUCCAGAUGGAUUUACGAAGGAUGUCAUCAACAGUUGCAUUGCGAAAAAUCAAAUUACGAAGGGCAAAACCGAUGCCUUCAAGGGUCUACGUAGGCAUCUUCUAGAGGAACUUGAUCAAGCAUUCCCAGAUGAAGCUGAUUCUUUUAGAGAGAUAAGAGCAGCUUCUGCUGCUGAAGCGAAGCGGCUAGCUCAAGCACAAAGUUCCUUGCCAAAUGGUGAUGUGAAGGUUAAAGCUGAACCAUAAGCAAACACUUGCUUGUACCCGAAGAAACUGUAAGCGCCUCUGUGAAUUCGCCACCCCUUCUGUCACUGGAGAAAAUACAAGGCAUCUGUAAUCUGAAUACCUGCAGUUAUGGCAUUUCAACAAGUGUAUUGAUGCAGCAGUGCCUUUUACGAUGAGGCAAAGGCUUUCAUGCGAUCCACCUUUGUGGCUGUUCACUCUUGAAGGGUUAUGGUUCUUGGGACUUAAGCAGGUGUAACUAUGAGAUUUAGAAAGGCCGAUAAGACAAAUGUAUUUGGGGAAACCAACGGUGACACUUUUUGAAGAGUUACUAGGAGUCGCAUGCUUUGUUUGGCUCUUCA